CUGCUGCCAUUUCAAUGGCAUUUGAGAACAUGUUUGAAACUUGGAAACAUGAACACACUCCUCGCUCCAUUCAAACAACUGGCUCGAGAAAUAAGCUCAUCAACUGCUUCUGCAGCAGACGUAAUACCCUCUGUCACGGCAUUGAAAUGCCUGCUCAACAAAACUUCCGCCAGACCGUGAGGUUAAACUUGCAAAGGUAUUCUACUAGAGGCUGUGAACAAGCGAUUCGGUGGCAUUCUCUCUGAGCCUCUUUACUGUGUCACCACCAUGCUCGAUGCUAGGUACAAGGACCGCUACUUCAAUGCAGACAAGAAACAGGGUUUACGUGAAAUGUUACAGACACAGCUGGACAAGUUGGAAACGGACACAGUGACAGUGCGCACCAAGGAAGAGAGACCAAGGACACACAGAGCUGAAACUUCACUACUUGACAUGUAUGACAAAAUCCUGGUUGAGAAUGAAACGACUGAGCAAAUGAACAGCGAAACAGCCAGCAAGUGGGCUCAGGGUUUGACAAGCCAAAAUGUUGAAUUUGUUGACAAGAAAACAGCCUGCUACAUUUGUGGGAAUUACAUCGUUUUCCUGAAUAUAGAGACGAAAAUUAGAAGUGUGCUGCAGUGUCCUGGUCGGGGUAUUGGUGCCUUCACAGCAAAUGGACAUUGCAGGACACUUGCAUUCUCCAACCAUAAACUAAAUCCCUCCAUAUUUGUGUACAACUACCCUGAACUUAUUCUGAAGAAUGAACUGAAGGGAACAGCCCAUGUAGACUACACAUCUCUGGCACUAAGUGAUGCUGGUCCUUAUUUGGCCUGCUGCUCAUCAAUACCAGACCACACCAUAACAGUAUGGAACUGGGAAACUGGGGAUCCAAUUUGUAACCAACCACAAGCUGGAAAAGACAUCACCUCUUUGGUGUUUAACCCAAUGAACUGGCUCCAGAUUUGCUCUUUGAGUGCAUCAUCAUCCCUCACAGUUUGGACCGUUGAGAAGAGUGACAGCUUUCAUAUAAUGAAACCAGGUGUGAUAGAUCUCCCUGCGACUGAUGGCUGUCUGGUUGAGAGGGAGAUUAACCCCUCUCAUGUCCCCACUGGAAUACUCACCUACUUCGGACCUCAGAUGCCCAUCUCAGCCAUCGCAGGGCUUGCAGAAGACAAGGCAGAAACCUUUGUGCCCAAAGAGCGCAUCAAGACCAGGCUAAGACCUAGCACCAUCUGCUGGACAGCCUCAUCAGAGCUCUAUGUGGGCUGUCAGGAAGGCCACCUGCUGCAGGUUGACCCAGACUCUCUGGCUGUCUCUGUCCUCUUCAACCCCUCAGCUGCAGAUGACAUUCCUGGGUUCCAGCAGGGUAGCUUCCAGAGCUUAGCCCUGCACAAGGAUGGACUAUUUGUGUCAGGAAAGGAGAAUGUGCUACGCUGCUUAAAAAUUAAGGGGAACCAAGUGGAGGUUACACAAACUUGGACAUUGGAGGAACCAGCCACAACCAUAAUAUAUUCGCCAGACUAUGAAACACUGCUCUUAGCUUCCAGUACAGGGCGCAUCUACAGGUAUAAACGAUCCCAGUGCGAGAAGGUGGUGAAAGUCCUGGAUGUUCUCAGUGGAGACUUUGUGGCAGCAGCUUCACUGUAUACUGAUAAUAACUUAUGUGUGUCAGUGAGGGACUCGGGAGAGUUGCAGCUGUGGUCUCUAGAUACUGGCUUCUGCAUCGGCUCUAUAUCUCUUCAAGUAAAGGUGACCAGUUUGGCCUGCUGUCCGAUUGCUCAAUACGUUGCCGUGGGAACAGUGUCGGGGCAUGUCCUGUUCAUUGAGCUGACCAAGGAGCAGCAGCCUCGUCUGGUGCACAGGGUUCACCUCUACUACACUCCUGUGGACCACCUACUUUUUGAUCAAGGAGGAAACUUCCUUAUCACUGGUGCCUCGGAUGCAAAUAUAUAUGUGUUGAAUGCAAGGGCUUCCAGAGUAUUUGAGGUAAUCGGAUACACAGGUGCUAAAGGAGCCAUCGUGUCCCUGUCUACCCAGUACAGCCGGGACAUUAAGCAGGUCAAACUGCUGGCUCUGUGUGCUGGAGAGAAGGACAUAGGCCGAGGGGAGGGAAGUCUGCUUACACUGCUCACUCUGCCUGUGCAGGAGCUUACGGGGGCAGGAGUGUGUGCAGACCUGAGAGGAUGUCUUUCCAAUAAUGUCCUACAGCGGUGCACAUAUGAGGUCCCUCACGCACUCAGCUCCUCUGCCCUGGGAGCCAAUAAGAUCUUUGGCUACUGCCAAAAGAGGAAAGCUCUCCAGAGAUUCCAGCUACCUGAGAGCACAGAAAGGUUCUCUGACCAGGACGUGGUCCAGUUGACCCCAGAGAAGGAGGUGGAGGGUCACCCUAUGGGCCCCGCCUCCAUCCUCCUGUCGCCCCACCAGUCUUGGCUGGCCUCAGUGGGCCAAGACGGACUGCUGCGCAUCCGGGAGAUCUCCAGUCUGGACCGGUAUGUUCAGAUGCAGUGUCACUCGUGUUGGCUGGGAGGGGUGAGGACAGUGUCCUUUACCUCAGACAGUCAGACAAUGAUCACUACAGGCCUGAAAGACGGCUCUAUGGUCUGUACAAGACUAAGACUGAAAAUGGCAGGUGUUGGCAAAGCGAAUGCAGCUACACAGUACAGCCAGUCUAUAGCCAAAUACCAGGAGAGUGUGAUAACAUCAGAGAACCCUAUUCUCAGUAGGAUGGCUGACUGGGACCCAGAGGCCCUGUCCCCUCCUGGGUCAGCAGAUCUACACAGAGAAGAGGCCAAUGAUAAGCGACAGAUAGUUGAUGUGACGGAACAGGAUGAGAGCUCCACCAACCUGCCCUCAGCCACAGCCUCAGACUCCACCUGGCUGGACAACAAGCUGGAAGCGGUUAUCAAUGAGGAGAUCCAGCAGUUUUCACAGACAAAGAAAAGCCUGAGGAAAAAUGUCAAACAAUUGCGUGACACAAUCCAGGCAAUGAUGCGUGAGAAUGAGACACUGCCUGACAUGGAGAAGCUGGAGCAGCAGGAGUUCAACCUGGAUGUAGAUGAGCAAAAGAGACUGCAAGCCGAGGGGGAACAGGAGGUCACCAGGGUCCGAAAUGAGAUUGAGUUGGAGAACCUAGCCAAGUGCUACCUGCGUGACGUCCUUAAGAGAGAAUGCUGGGAUUCCAUGAAGGUCAAAGGGCAAGCUAUCAAGGCUUUCCACACUGAACACGAGGUGAAGAACUACCCCAUGAAGGAGCGGACACAGCAGGAGCUGGAUGAACUUCAUAGAGUGGAGAGUAUGAGGAAGAUUGAACGGGCUGACAGUAAUCUCCAGCAGGAGAUUCUAGAGAAGAAGACCAAGACCACGACGGAAGAAGAGGAGGAGGAGGAAGGCCGUGAGAUGGAGAGUGCUUCCCUCACAGGUAGCCUCAGUGCCCAGUAUGGAGGCUCAAACCCCUACCUCUACAAUCAGUUCAACCUGCAUAUCAGAGAGCAGAAGAUCAACCAGAUCACUUUGCUACAGGAUGUCAUCUACAAAGUGAAGACAGCCUUUAACACAGACUUUAAGGGGGUGCACAAGCAGAAGGAGCAGGAGAUCAACCGAGUGAAAGACAAGAACCGUCGCAUCAUGGAGAUCAUGUCAGAGCUGGACCACAAGAUGAAGCUGUGGGAGCCCAGUCUGUCUGACAACGAGCGGCCAGAGAGGGCACUGUCUGUGGAGGACUCUGAGAUUCAUUUUGAAAAGUACCUCACCCCAGAGCAGAGAAAAAAAGAGGAGGAGAAGAAGAAAGAGGAGGAACAAAGACGGCAGACGGCCAAGAGUGACAAUAUCAGAGAGCGAGCUCUGGAUGAAAUGAUGGGUGGAGUACUCGAGCUAAAAAAAGAGGACAUCUUGAGAGUGGAGGUGCCUCAGCCUGAGUUCAUUGUAUCCAAACCAGACAUUCAGUGGACAGAGGAAGAGAAAAAGAUCUAUAAAGAGUAUGAGAAGAAAGCCAAAGAACUGAGCGAGGAACAGGAGAAGUACAGAAAGACUCUGGAAGCUGAAAUGAAUAAACUACAGACGUCCAUCAUGGACUCCACUCAGGGGUUUGAUGAAACCUUGACCAAGCUCUUUGAGAGGAAGGUGAAAUCUGAGAUGGUUAUAUACCAGGAAGAGCUGAAGAUUACAAAUCUAGUUCACUCCAUUCUGAUAGAGGAGGAGGUUCUCAAUAGAGAGCGAGAACUCAGCCUCAAGCUAGAAAAAAACAGGGUCUAUAAGAAUGAGAUUGGAGAAGAGCUUAAGAAGCACAAAGAGGAUGUAGAAAUGUUCCGGGAGACCUACGACAAUGUUGUGGCCGAGGACAAACUUCUCGACAGGGGAUUCAGGAAGGAGUUCUUUGAUGUCCCAGGCCAUAUUGUUGAUCAGCUGUACAAGCUAUACAAGCGCAGACCCAGGGUCCAGAGGAUGAGGACCCAGGCAGACAACAGUACCAGCCCCUUUAAAGAACGGCCCCUGCCGGGCCCAGUGGCAGUAGAGGGUCUCUGUCAGAUGAUGAAGGCCAUGGAGGAGCUGGAGGCUCCAGAGAACAUGCCUGAAAGCCUAGACGUGUCUGUGUGGGAGAGGUUCUGCCUGGCCCGCAGAGCCAAAGUUGAGAGUGAGCAGCAGGUGAAAGUUAAGGCUUUGACUCUGGCUGAAAUGCAAGCCUUUCUGCAGAAGAGGACCGAUGAGGAUGAGAGUGCAAGACUGGAAAUGAAAAGUCUCAUGGAUGACAUCAAUGGGCUACGAGAGGAGAAGAUGCGUUUCCGCCUGGACAUCAUGGUUCAGAUCCUGAUCAAGCAGGGCCAGGUGGAGGUAGAGAACGGAGACUUCAUUGCGGACUACUCUGACUCUCUGCUGCUCCAUAAGAGUGUGGUGGAGGACCUCAACGGGACCAUCAGAGCUCUGGGAGAGCAGAAGAUAGCCAGCAUGGUGGAGUGCAAGGACUUCCGUAAAGGCAUCAUCCAGCAGGAGUGGGAGCACAAGAGGAUGAGGAUGCAGAAGGAGGACCUGAACAACAAAGCCAGGGACAUCCAGAUGCUGCGAGUCUCUCAGGAGCUGCAGGAGUAUCUCAGUGAGACGGAUCAUGACAACCGCAUAUCAAAGCAGGUUUCAACUCUGGAGAAAACCAUAACAUUACAGGAAAAGACUCACCAAAAGAAUGUGCUGACCUGUAAGAAGUUGAUCAAGCAGCUGAACAGACAGGCAGCAAUGAAGGCAUCGAAGAAUUCUGCUCUGGAUGAGCAGCUGACCAACAUGCAAGUGACUGUGGCUGAGAGGAGACACAUCUGUGAAGCCAUAGCCAUGGAGGAGAACCAUGAGAGUGAUGCAGAGGAGAGAUACCAGGAGAUCAUCCAGAGGAAGAAGCUGGUGGAGCUAGCCAGGGCCCAGGCUGAGGAGGUGGCUACCCUCAGGGCAGAGGUGGAACGCAUGAGGAUGAAGUCCUUCCCCGCUCUCGCUCAGCUAAAACAUAACUGACACAUUUAGGAAACACUUUAUUUUUAAAAAAUUUACAAAACAUCAAACUGAUUUUCAUGUUUAAAUAUAGAACUAAUAUAAAUUACUAUGGUAGGUAACAGUAUGAAAUUAAACUGAUGAAGUGGCAAA